UUGCGGGAUAAGAUGUAACGCAGAAACGCUCGGCACUGGAAACAAAGUUAAAAAAUGUUCAUUUUGUGGCAUAGAUGCUGCGUAAAGAUGCUCGAUCUUGCUUGAACGCCAUUAAAAAUAAUUUAGCAAAAACGAAAAGUGCGUCAGUCCGUUCCCUGGCGCCGUCUUAGUUCUCAAACGUUUGAUUUUUGAGUGAUUUCUGCGUUACCGGUUGGAGAUGUCGCAGUCGCAACACCAGUUAAGUUUCCAUUUCGCGGAACCGUAAGUGCGCCGUUAGGUUUCGGAUAGCCAGACCUAGGCUGGGCUGUCCCGUUAACCCCCUCGUUACUCAGUCGUGCAGUCGUGAACCAUCGCGGCGCGGUAACGGGCGUUUUUACGCGUUAGGUGUCCGGUUCGUAAAGAGAUCGACAACUUUCCAGGAACAUGUCGCAACUGGACCGGCGGAGCGAGGCGCAGCUCCUAAAUCUCUUUCCCAAACCCGUGAAACUCGGUCUUCUUUACAAGGGGCGAUUUCACGGAUACGAGUAUAACACGCUCCUAAAUAAACUCGGUGGUGAAGGCAAAUGCGUAAUUAUAAUAUAUUUGGCCUCGGGCCCUGUAAGAGGGGUUUAUUUGAGCGAGGCUUUAUCUGCGCUAACGUCGGACAAUGACGCGUUCUUAUUUGAUGUGAGCGAAAACGGGGCAACGAAAUAUCCAGUGCUGGAGCCCUCCAAGGCUUCCGUUGUCUCAUAUGAGGCUAAUCUCUGGCAGUUUGGAGACUCCAUCAAAAUGAUUCGUUAUGAUUUGCGCCACGUAAGCUUCUGCGCCCGCGACUGCGUUUACACUUCGACUGGCUGGCCCACGAAAAACAGUCAACCUUGUGAAGUCGAACUGCACCGAGUUCACGAUCUUGGACACUUGCUACCCAACGAUUGGAGGCAUUUGUCAUGGACUGCAAGUGCCCGAGAUGACCUCAUGAGGGGCGUGGUGUCCUUCCAAGCCCUGGACAAAGACUUGCCACGUAUCCGGGUCCUGCUGCUCGGUCCGGCGGGAGCGGGAAAAUCCAGCUUUGUGGUCUCCGCACGCUCUAUCAUGUACAACCGUGUCGUUCACCUGCCCAUCAUAGGCAAAGCGGCAGGUGGAUUCACCAAGAGAGUAAGCCAGGAAUGUGAAAAUGUCAAAUAUUCGAAAUCAAAAUGUAAAUAUUUGAGUUUUAAAUACAUUCGCACACAAAUCUGAUUGUAUAUUUUGGUAAAAUUUUAUUUUUUGUAGUUUGUCCAGCCAAAAAAGUACCGGAUUAAUAAACAACAUUUUACUGGCCAAUUGCAGUUUGUAUUUCCCUAGAACCUGGAAACUCCAGGGAUUUUGGAAUCUGCAGUCUGUGGAUUCUCCGUGGAAACUGUAGCCACAUCCCCGGAUCUAUGAUGACAUAGUGGAACAGCCCUCUGUUGCGUAUAAAUCAGGCCUAACCUUUCAGUUGUCAGCUGUGGUUCAGAUCAUCACUGUCGGAGGGGGGGAUUCUUUCACUUCAAAAGACCCAUCUAUCGUGAAACUGUUAUGUGAAUGAUCAACGAAUGUUAGAGCUACGAUCGUUAUCCCUUCUUAGCACAAAGCUAAUCUGCGUAGUGGCUAAUCUGUGUGAAGGCUAAUCUGUGUGGUGGCUAAUCUGUGUGAUGGCUAAUAUGUGUGGUGGCUAAUCUGUGUGAUGGCUAUGU